AUGCCUCCCAAGUCGGUCAAGCCUACCAGAAAGGCGCAGGAGGAGCCUGAGGAUGUCGAGUAUGAGGAUGUCGAAGAGGUAACAGAGGAGGAGGAUGAAGAUGAGGACGAAGUAGAAGGCGAGGAGUAUAGCGAGGAGGAGGAUGAAGAGGGUGAAGAAGAGGACGAGGAUGUGGAUGGGGAAUAUGAAGAGGAUGAAGGUGAAGAGGGGGGUGAUGAUGAAGAAGAGGUUGAGUAUGAAGAUGAGGAUGAGGAUGAGGAGGAGGAGGAGGAGGAGGAGGAGGAAGAGGAAGAAGAGGAUGGAGAUGAGACUGGCGAUGAUGAUGAGGAAGAAGAGGUCGAGGCUGAUGAAGAUGAAGAGGAAGAUGAGGAGGAUAUGUCCAAGAAACCCAAAAAGACUUUUGCCGACCGCUCAAUGGGAGAGAAGGCCAAGAAAACGAAGAAUGAGAAGGAGGCCGAUGAUGUGUCCGAGAGGGGCCUGCACAAGGCCGGGAAGCAAACAGACAAGCCCACUAAAGACGAGAAGGGAGGCUCUACUGACAAAGAGGUUGAUGGAAAACUGCCCAAGUACUACCCACGUCCUGAAAAGGUGGAUUGGAAGUCUCCUUCCAAGGGAAAGAAGUCAAAGGAAGGCAAGCAGGAACCCGAGACUGAAUCGGGCAAGGAGCCGGCAAAGAAGAAGACGACAAAAAAGGGCACAGAUGAAGAGGGCGACGCGGCAACGCCAGCAAAAAAGAAGACAACAACAAAGUCCGUCAAGAAGUCUACAGCUGGAGAUGGAGAUGAAAGCGAGAAGAAGACGAAGAAGGCCAAGAAGACAACGGGACCAGAGUAUGGAGACGAGGAGAAGGGUGAAGGGAAAGAGACCAAGAAACCUGCCAAGAAGAAGACCACUACAGCGAAGGCCCCUGUCUCGAAGGGGAAAUCAGAGGAUGCCAACCACGAGGAGGGUGAGAAGACCAAGGCAUCCAAGCCUGUGAAAAAGAAGGUGAGCAAGAAGACGGCAGCCACAGGCGACGAGGCCGAGGGUUCCGACAAAGAGGCAGAGAAGGCACCGGCCAAGAAGAAGACAGCCGCCAAAAAGACAACUGCAGCCAAAUCGAAGACCGACGAGAAGCAGGGGGAAGAGGCUCAUGAGAAGUCCGCACCCAAGAAGAAGGUUGUCACAAAGAAGGGCACCGCUGCUAAGACUGCGGUUGAGGGUGUGGCAAAGGGUCUCAAAAAGGUGUUGUGA